AUGAUAAAGUAUCAUUUGAAUAGUCAUGCAAAAACAUCCUGUCUCUUUUUCUUUUAUUCUCCACAGGCAGCCACACAUUUUCAUCAUGCUUUUUCUUUCUUCAUCUCAGAGAAAUUUCCAACUUUCAUUUAUUUGUCUUUCAUCUCAAAGUAAUUUGCAAUUUCGGAGCAAAAGACAGGAAACUUCCAACUUUCACUUAUUUUCAAUCAUCUCAAAGAAAAUUCCAACUCUCAUAGUCCUAUAUAUUUAUGAAACCCAAUCUUUCAACCCAUUUUCUGCUCAUUCAUAUCAAGCCAAAAGAAAAAAAAUCCUCUUGAGUCCACUCCAAAAAUAUUCCAAUAUGUUGUUUCUUCGACUUGUUUUUGGGUCACUGUUCAUAGUUUGUUGCCUUACAACGCUUACAAACGAAGCUGCACUUCCAAAUGCUGAAGUGGAAGCUUUGGAAAGUAUUGGUAAAACAUUAGGGAAGUCAAACUGGAACUUUAUUGAAACAUGCAUUCAAGGCAAUGGUCGGUUGGACCAACCUUCACCCAAGUUUAAUGAAUCUUAUGUUGAUAAUGUUACAUGCGAUUGUUCCUUCAACAACAAUACUACUUGUCAUGUCAUUCACAUAAUACUCAAGGGACAAGGCCUUUCAGGUACUCUCCCACUAAACUUGACAAGUCUCCCUUUUCUGCAAGAAAUCGACCUAACUCUAAGCUAUCUUAAUGGCACUAUUCCUCCGGGGUGGGGUUCUUCUACGCGACUCAUUAAGAUUUCCCUUCUAGGAAAUCGAUUAACUGGUUCAAUCCCCGAAGAGCUAGCAAAUCUCAGAAAUCUUACCAGCUUAGUCCUUAAGAACAAUGGUCUUUCAGGAACUUUGCCUGUAGCACUGAGGGAUCUACCCAAAAUCGAGCGAUUGCAUCUUAGUUCCAACAAUUUUACUGGUGAAAUACCGCCAUCAUUUGCUAGGUUGACUUCAUUGAAGGAGUUUGAGAUUAGUGACAACAACUUUACAGGACAGAUUCCUGUCUUCAUAUUCCGAAGUUGGACAAAUCUUGAAAAGAUAUAUAUGGAGGGAAGUGGUUUGAGUGGACCAAUUCCAUCCAUUAAUGCUACUUUACUUAACUUAACAUACAUAAUAAUUAGUGACUUGAAUGGAGCUGAAACAAAUUUUACACAACCACUCAUCGAUGCCAGUUUGCCUAAAUUGAAAAGACUAAUAUUGAGGAGUUGCAAUCUCAUUGGAGAGAUACCCGCUUCUUUUGGGACAUUCACAUCCAUAAAGUUAUUAGAUCUCAGCUUUAAUAGACUCACUGGAGAAAUUCCAAAUCAGCUUUCUGAUUUUGAUUUCGAUAAUAUGUUCUUAAAUGGAAACAAUUUUACUGGAUCAGUCCCUUCAUGGAUACUGGAAACAAAUAACAAAAUGGAUCUUUCAUACAACAACUUCAAUAACACAGGUGGAUCAAGCUGUCAAAUAAGGAAUACCGUGUAUGACAAGAACUUGUUCGCAAGCAUUGCAAAAGUCAAUAACUCCCACUUCAAUUCUGGGAUUUUAAUGCCUAAGCUUUUUAAUUGUUUUAUUAGAGGAAUUGCUCCAUGUUUGAGAAGCCAAAUUAAAUGCACAGGCGAGCCUUUGCACUUUGUCCGUAUAAACUGUGGUGGGGGAGAAAUAACUGUUAAUGGCAGCACUUACGAAGCCGAUAACGAUCAAGCUGGGCCUUCGACAUUUUACCAAAGUACUAACUGGGCAUUUAGCAGCACCGGAAUUUUUCUAGACGAUAGCAACUCCGACGAUAAAUAUUUUUUAGACAAUGGACAAGUUUCUGUCAAUGGUAGUGAUGAACAACUCUACAAAAAUGCAAGGCUUGCGCCUAGCUCUUUGACUUACUAUGCAUUCUGUCUCGCCAAUGCAACGUACACAGUAAAUCUUCAUUUCGCUGAGAUUCAGUUCACUAAUGAUCAAAAUUACAGCAGCUUGGGGAGGCGCAUAUUUGAUGUUUACAUUCAGGGGGAGCGGGUGCUGAAGGAUUUCAAUAUUAAAGAAAAAACAGGAGGGGCAGGCAUACCAACAGUAGAACCAUUCAAUGCAACUGUAAGCGAUAGCACUUUAGAGAUUCGUUUCCAAUGGGCCGGAAAAGGGACAACUUCUAUACCCGAGAAAGGCAUUUACGGCCCUCUAAUCUCAGCAAUAUCCAUUUUUGAUCCUAAAUAUAAACCUGGCAGUGGUAUCUCAGCAGCUGUAGUGGUCGGUAUUGUAGCCGGAGUAGUGUUUGCUGCUUUACUGAUUUCAGGCAUCCUUUGGUGGAAUGGCUGUUUAAGACGGAAGAGUACAUUGGAACAAGAUCUAAAAGGUAUAGAGUUGCAGACAACUUCCUUUACCUUAAGGCAAAUUAAAGCUGCUACAAACGAUUUUCAUGCUUCUAAUAAGAUUGGAGAAGGUGGUUUUGGUCCCGUCUACAAGGGCACUCUAGCAGAAGGCACGAUGGUCGCUGUUAAGCAGCUAUCAGCUCGAUCGAAGCAAGGAAACCGUGAGUUUGUGACUGAGAUUGGCAUGAUUUCAGCUCUACAACACCCUUAUCUUGUAAAGUUGUAUGGAUGUUGCAUUGAAGGAAACCAACUGAUGCUUAUAUACGAGUACCUGGAAAACAACAGCCUUGCUCGUGCAUUAUUUGGGCCACAAGAAUCUCAGUCGAUAUUAGACUGGCCAACAAGGAAGAAGAUCUGCAUUGGUAUAGCAAGAGGAUUAGCUUACCUCCAUGAAGAAUCAAGGUUGAAGAUUGUGCAUAGAGACAUCAAGGCCACCAAUGUGUUGCUUGAUAAGAAUCUUAACCCUAAAAUAUCCGACUUUGGUUUGGCUAAGCUUGAUGAAGAAGAUAAUACCCACAUUAGCACCUGAAUUGCAGGAACUUAUGGCUAUAUGGCUCCUGAGUAUGCAUUGCAUGGCCAUUUGACAGAGAAAGCGGAUGUUUAUAGUUUUGGGAUAGUGGCUCUUGAAAUUGUUAGUGGGAGGUGCAACACUAGAAUCCGCCCAAAGCAAGAACCUUUCAUUCUCCUUGAAUGGGCUCAUGUAUUGAAGGAGAAUGGGAACUUGUUGGAAUUAGUUGAUACAAGGAUUGGCUCAGAUUGCGACAAAAACGAGGUGAUGACAAUGAUAAAUGUUGCUCUAUUAUGCACAAAUCCCACAGCUUCUGCUAGACCUCCAAUGUCUUCGGUGGUGAGCAUACUUGAAGGCAAGGCCGAAGUUCAGGAGUACUGCACAGAUUCAAUGUCCUCUUCAAGCCGUCAAAAGAAUGUUGAAACUAUGAAAAAGUUGUAUAGGAAACUUGAAGAUGAUGAUGAUGCAGAUAUUAGCCAGACAAAGAGUAUGUUAGGUGUUGCGCCAUGGACCACUUCUUCAACAUCUGCUGCUUAUCUCUAUCCAGUUAGUUUGACUUCUGGGUAUUGGCAGAAUAGAGAUUCCACAAACUAGAAACAAUUUUCUAUCACCAUCUUGCUGCUGGAAUAAGUUCAUAGAGAAUCAGACAACGUAUAAUUCCCCUCCCCCUCCCAGAAGUUUAGUACUCCUUUUGAACCCAAGGCUUAAUUAGCCCUUUUGUCCAAUAAAUUUAACGGUGGAAUUUCGAUAUUUGUAUACCUAUUUUCUCUCAUUAUCAAACUGCAAUAACCACCAUUGACUUAGUCACAACAAUAAUUAUUCUAUUUUGAUCUUGUUAUCUUUUUUUUAAA